AUGGAGGACAUGGCAGCAGGAAACCAUUGCACAGUGACGUUCUUCUUGGCGGGGCUCUCAGAGAAGCCAGAACUCCAGCUGCCCCUCUUCCUCCUCUUCACAGGAAUCUAUCUGAUCACUGUGGCAGGGAACCUGGGCAUGAUCACACUGAUUGGGCUCAGUUCACACCUGCACACACCCAUGUACUAUUUCCUCAGCAGUCUGUCAUUCAUUGACUUCUGUCAGUCCACAGUUGUUACCCCUAAAAUGGUGGUAAGCUUUCUGACAGAGAAGAACAUCAUUUCCUACUCUGGAUGCAUGGCUCAGCUCUACUUCUUCAUCAUUUUUGGUGUUGCAGAGUGCUACACAUUAGCUGCAAUGGCAUAUGACCGCUAUGUUGCCAUUUGUAACCCAUUGCUUUAUAAUGUAAUCAUGUCCUAUCAGAUUUAUGGUUCUCUGAUUUCAGGAGUGUAUAUUUUUGGUGUGGUUUGCUCUUCAAUAGUCUCUGGCUUCAUGAUUCAAAUUCAGUUCUGCAAAGCCGAUGUGAUCAAUCACUAUUUUUGUGAUCUUCUUCCCCUCUUGAAACUUGCAUGCUCUAAUACCUUUAUCAAUGAAAUGUUAACUCUAUUUGUUAGUAUGUUUAAUAUCUGUGUCCCGGUGCUGACCAUUACUACUUCCUAUAUCUUCAUUAUUGCCAGCAUUCUCCACAUUCACUCCAGGGAGGGCAAGUUCAAAGCUUUUAGUACUUGCAGUUCUCAUAUCUCUGCUGUUGGUAUCUUCUAUGGUUCUGGUGCAUUCAUGUACUUACAAUCAUCUUCAGUGAGUUCGAUGGACCAAGGGAAAGUGUCCUCUGUGUUUUACACUACUGUUGUACCCAUGCUGAACCCAUUGAUUUACAGCCUGAGGAAUAAAGAUGUCAGUGUUGCAUUGAAGAAAAUACGUGAAAGAAAAAAAAUGAUGUAA